GUGGGAACAGCGCACGCGCGUCUCUUGAAGACGCAACUGUCGUUUGUCGUUCGUGGCCCUCAGUUGUGUCCCGAGACUGGAACACUGCGACGUGGCUCCAGGAGCUUGGGGAGCAGUCAGUCCCUUUUUGGUCCCUUCCAGUGACGGAGGGGAGCUGUUAGCUUCCCCAGCAGCUGCAGAGCAGCGAGGGUGGCCCAUGGACAUGCCAGAGGGCCAGGCAGGUGGCCCCACUGCAAAAAUGUACCUCUGGGACCAGGCAGAGGACAGGAGCCUGGGGACACCGCUCAGCUUAGAGGAGCAAAUACUCAACUCCACGUUUGAAGCUUGUGACCCCCAGAGAACAGGCACUGUGGCUGUGACCCAUCUACUAGCCUACCUGGAGGCCGUGACUGGACGGGGUCCCCAGGAUGCUCGCCUCCAAACACUGGCCUGCAGCCUGGACCCCAAUGGGGAGGGCCCUCAGGCCACCGUGGACUUGGACACCUUCCUGGUGGUCAUGCGGGACUGGAUCACUGCCUGUCAGCUGGAUGGGGGAUCAGAGCUGGAAGAGGAGGCGGCCUUCGGGGGAGCCCUGGCCUCCCAGCAGCUGCCAUCUGGAUGCCCAGAAGUUGAGGAUCCGGCCAAUCUGGAGAGCUUUGGAGGCGAAGACCCCAGACCUGAGUUGCCCGCCACGGCCGACCUGCUGAGCAGCCUGGAGGACUUGGAGCUCAGCAACCGCCGGCUGGCUGGGGAGAAUGCCAAACUGCAGCGCAGCGUGGAGACAGCCGAGGAGGGGUCUGCUCGCCUCGGGGAGGAGAUCUCAGCCCUGCGUAAGCAGCUCCGCAGUACCCAGCAGGCUCUGCAGUUUGCCAGGGGCGUGGAUGAGGAGCUGGAGGACCUGAAGACUCUUGCCAAGAGCCUGGAGGAACAGAACCGCAGCCUUCUGGCCCAGGCCCGGUACACGGAGAAGGAGCAGCAGCGUCUGGUGGCCGAGAUGGAGACUCUGCAGAAAGAGAAUGAGAAGCUCCUGGCCGAGCGGGAUGGAGUGAAGAGGAGGAGUGAGGAGCUGGCCUCGGAGAAGGACAUCUUGAAGCGGCAGCUCUACGAGUGUGAACACCUCAUCUGCCAGCGAGAUGCAAUCCUCUCUGAGCGCACUCGCCACGCGGAGAGCCUGACCAAGACCUUGGAGGAGUACAGAGCCACAACCCAGGAACUGAGGCUGGAAAUCUCCCACCUGGAGGAGCAGCUGAGUCAGACCCAGGAGGGGCUGGAUGAGCUAUCCGAAGGAGCCCAGGUGAGGAGAGCAGACUGCACCAACCUAAUGCCACCGUCGCUGGGUGUGGAGAUCCAGGCCAUUCAGCAGAAACGAGAGGAGACAGCCGUCAAUCUCUCCAGCCCUCUGUGUGGAGUGUGGCCGUGGGAGGAGGUGGUCAGUGAGACGGAUGAGGAGGAUGAACUUCCUCCUGAAACCCCAGUUGAGGAGCAGGGAAACUUCCCGGGAGAGUCAGCGCACCCUCAGGAAGGAGGGGAGGAGCAAUUGACGUGGUUACCCAGAAGAGAGGAAGAGGACGGAGCGGAGAUCCAGGUCAUGGUGGACCUCCCUAUCCAUCCAGGAGACUCACACCCUGAAGACAUCCUCGGAAACCCUCCUGAGAGCAGCCCCUCAGAACCAGAGCUGCAGCAAGCCCUGGUGCCCGUGGUGAAGGAGCUGGUCCCAGUCAGGAGGCCGGUCUGGGGCCAGCUCUGCCCGUGCCCUCUGCGCCCCCGGCGGCUCAGGGUCACCCGGCUCCUCCUGGUCCCGGUGCCACUCCUGGGCCUGCUGUUGCUGCUGGUGCUCUCCGUCAUGCUGCUGAGCCAGUCCCCGCCCCCCACGUGGCCCCACCUCCAGCUCUGCUACCUCCAGCCUCCUCCAGUGUGAGCCAUGCCCCCACCCCUGCAGAGCAAUGUCUAGUUCGGUGACUUCCUGGGGCUCUUUCUACUGUUAUUCUCGUGGUUGUGCCACUGUGCCUUGGGAUUAUCCCGCUGUCAGGGACCCCAGAUACAGUGCUCCAGGAGCCACACCCCUGUAUUGGGUUUUUAUGUGAAGUUUCUUGGUUUUUUAAUGAUAGCAAAACACUAGGGGUUAUAGUUUCCUCACAAACCAAGUCUGAAGAAGGGCAGCUGUCAGCCCACAGCUCAGUCUCCACAGCAUUGGGGCAGAGUGCUGUAAUUCUCUCUACCUCUCUUGGCCCUUCCCUUGUGCUCAGGAGAUGACACUGUAGCUUCAUAAGUGAUGUCUGCAGGGAGAAGGGGACACAUCUCUUCCUUUUUAUAAAGAAAAGCAAUAGCCUUCCCAGAGCCAGCAGCAGACUCUACCUUGUUGGCCAGAACUGUUCGGCACGACCACUCCUCACUGCAAGGGCAGCUAGGAGACUCCUGGCAGAAAGAGGGAGAACAAGAUGUGGGCCAGGCAUGCCCACACACACACACAGAUGUCGCCAACAGCCAGCAGGAAAGGAUGUGCCAUUUGUUUCUUCAGCUAAUUCUUAGUGAUCAUCUAUUUGCCAUGGCUAGAUCUUAGAAGACAGUAAAACAGACCCUUCAAUGUCAGGCUGAAGUGUUGAGUUUUCUCCUGAGGAUGACAGGGGUUUGGGGGAUGUUUUGUUACUUGUUUUUGGUUA